AUGCACGACCAGAGCCCAGUGAAUAGCGGGACCCCUCAGCCUGGUUCCGUGAGGUCGAGCAUCUCUAGCCGCGCCUGUGACGCCUGCCGUGGGCGGAGGAGAAGGUGCCAUUUUGACAACACGCUUUCACCCAAUGCUGAGCCACCUGGGUCAGCCGAGUCUCAGCCACAGCCCAAGUGCUAUAAUUGCCGGAGGCUUGGUCUAACAUGCAGUUUCCUAUUGCCCUCGAGGCCGCGGGGCCCAAAGCGCAGGAAACGCCUGUCAGAAGACAUGUCGGGCGACGGCGGCAGUGAGCUGCAUCCUGAGCCGCCUAUUCAACCUCCGGUAGAACAACAUUCUCGCUCAACAGGUCUGGACAAUGCGACUGGCUUCGUCUUACCCGGCGAUGUGCUUCCAUUGCCCAGAACACUGCAAGCUACAUCUCCCUCUUUCGGAGCUCCCAAUGCCAUAUCCAACGUUCUUCAUCCACAUCCAGCCAUAACUGCCCCGGAUAAUAACCCAACCAUAGCCGGCCCGAGGUUUCCAACAGAUGAGCUGUGUUCAAGAGCACUCAUCAACACCCUGAUGGUUGACUACCUCGACCUGGUCUACCCCCUCGUGCCCGUAGUCCACAGACCAAACUUCCGCCAAGACCUGGCCAACAACCGGGACAUCACCGACCCGGACUUCUUCGCACUCCUCGUGAGCCUCUGUGCGCUCACCGUCGGGCUGCUGCCGUCCCGGUUCCGGGACUACCGUGCCAUCGACCCGGAGGCCGGCAUGCACUUCGAGACGAGGACGGCCCUGAUAAACUGCUGUGCCGAGAUGUGCACCCGGCAGAGGCCGCACAGCUACUGGGAUCAUGUCAACCACCGCAAGUGGGCCGUUAGUUAUGUCUUUUCCGUUGCAACCUUCCAGACGGGGCAGGUCAACCGCAGCCGCAUGUUUGACGUGGAAUAUCUUCAGCUCUCACGCCUUUUGGGAUUGCAUCGCAUCUCUGAGUACGAGGGUCUGAACUGCAUUGAGACCCAGCUGCGGAAGAAGGCCUUUUGGUUGUUGUUCUAUGGCUACGCCCAUACAAGAGUACAAAGCGGACGUUGGGAGCGUCUGACGUACUUCGGGCCGGGCGAACUGCGCGAAGUGAACUUUGAUGCUCUCGUCCCCCUCGAGAUCGACGACGAAUACAUCCUCAGAGACAGAAUCCUGGACCCUCUCUCCCCAACCGCAGCAACACAUACACAUGGCCCCCCAACCACAGGAGGCCAAAGCGAAGCAACCCCCGCGCCCCCGUUCACCCUCGCAAGCGCAUUCAUCAUCCACUCCCGGGUGUUCCUCAAGGGCCUCCGCGAGAGCAUGGCCACUACGGGGUGCGAGUGCGAGCUCCGCCGGACCCCGGCCGCCCGCCUCGCCCGCAUGCGCGACCUCCUCCAGGAGAUGCGGUACAUGCUCGACGACGCGCCCGGCCCCAUGCGCCAGUGGGCCUCGCCGGGGCGUCUCCAGGACGACCCUGCCACGCCCCGAUGCGACGACGACCGCGCCAGUAGUGUUGUGUCGAGUUUCGGCAGCCCGGUUGAGCGGCGGCCGAACCGUGCCGUCGGUGUUGGGGAGGGCGACGCCCCGUGUUCGAAGGUUGUUCAGGGCCAGCUUGAGAUCAUGCGGGCGAACAUCCAUGUGACCCACCUCUGGCUGCAGAGUCUUCUGCUGGAACAGAUCGACGUGGUCAUCCAGGAGAAGGUCAUUGGUGGUGCUGCUGCUGGUGCCGCUGGUGCCGAGGAGGUCUCGUCUGCCUUGAAGGCGAACUGGGCCGAACGCGAGGAUAUCUGCCGACAGAUGCUGCAUCUCCUUCACAGCAUCCCAUAUGUCUAUCUCGAACCGAACGGGCUGUACUUGGCAUACAAAGUCCGCGACGUAGCCGUGACCCUGCUGAACUGCCCAUUUGAAGCCAACACACGGCCUGCCAUCCGAGCCGUCGAGUACACGCGUGACUUCACACAGAUAUUGUCCCGGCUCGACCGCAGCGAAAUCGUCAAUACCAAUAGCCUGAGGAGCUGGGUCGAUGUCGACCGGGAGCCGGCGGUAGUCUCGCCGCAGUGUCCAGUUGUUCCGUCGUCACCGCAUGGACAUGUUGGGGCUUCGAAUGGCUGUGAUAAGAAUCAAACACAAUAUUAG